AUGAAAUCAAACCAAAAACAAGCUAUUUAUGUUAGAUUAAAUACACUCAAAGCCGAAUAUAAAGAAAUAGAGGAUCUUGGAUUAGAAUCUACAGUUGUACCAAAUGUUUAUAAAAUCAAAAAUGUUUCAAAUAGAACAAAUAAUUUAAUUUUAAAAAAACACGUAGAUGUUGUAAAAAUACAGAAUUUAUCAAGUUGUUUGCCAGCUUUUAUAUUAAACCCAAAAGAAAAUUCAACAGUCAUAGAUGCUACGGCAUCCCCUGGAAAUAAAACCACCCAUCUAUGUGCAAUUAUGAAUAAUACUGGUAAGAUAAUUGCAGUUGAGCGUAAUUUAAAUAGAUAUAAAACGCUGAAAAGUAUGAUUAAAGAGUUUGGUGCUAAAAAUGUUGAAACAAUUCACAAAGAUUUUUUAAAAAUCGAACCUUCUAGUAUUAAAGCUGAUUACAUUUUACUAGAUCCUUCAUGUUCUGGUUCUGGUAUUCAUGAUGAUUAUAAAAAGAAUAAAAAAAGAAUAGAAUCUUUAAAAAAUUUACAAUCAAUGUUGUUGAAUCACGCACUUAAAUUUAAUUGCAAAAAAGUUGUUUAUUCAACGUGCUCAAUUCACCCGGAAGAAGGUGAAAUGGUAAUUCAAGAAGCACUGAGUAAGUUUGAAAAUUAUGAAUUAGAAAAAAUAGAUAGUUUUUGGAAACAAAGAGGCAACAAAAAAUUUACUUUUUCUGAUUAUGUCAUAAGAUCAGAUAAAAAUAAUGAUACAAUUGGAUUUUUCGUAGCUUUAUUAAAAAGAAAGGACUAA